AUGCAAUUCGACUAUGACAAGUCCACCGCUCCACGCGAAAAGACAUCCACCUUCUCUUUAAGCGAGUUCUCCAAGAACAUCAAGGACGUCAGUCAGAUGCCCCGGCUAUCCCCUGGCCUCAUGUCCACCCCUACGGCGCAAGUUUUUAUGUCUCCCGAAGGAGCAGACAAUUACACACAUUACACCCAUCACCAUCACAACUCGCUCUCCUCUCUCAACUCUUCCAUCUUGAACCCGACCCCUGGCUCUCUGACCCACGGCGUCGGCGGAAGCAGUACUACGAUUUCAGAUAUAUAUAUCGGCGCUGCAAAUGCUACUGCAGAACCGCUUACUCCUCCGGACUACUUCACCCAACAGCCUGGCGCUAUGGAUUCGCAGUCCCGGAAGAGCUCAUUUUCCAACACCAUCUGGAAUCAGCCUCCCAAUUUUAAGCUCUAUUCUCCAUGGGGGUCUUCCAGCACCAAUGCGCUGGGCGCUGCUUACAAUAUCCCCGAGCUCGACAGUUUAGGGCUUCCUGCUACCAUUGAUCCCAAUCAUGUCCCGGCUCCAGACGAGCCUGUACAACAGCACAAGCUUACCAGAAACCGCUUCAUGUCAUUGCAAGGCCCGAUCAGCGUGCCUUCGUUUGAAAAACAAUUCCAGAAUUUGACCAUAUCGCCACCACAAGCUGCCCCACAACAGAGCUCUCGCAAAAGCGUAUCCUCGUACCCAACGGUGCUAGACGACUCCACGGAUAUCCUGGCCUUGUCGAAAGACCAGUUUGGCUGCCGUUUUUUGCAGAAGAAGAUUGACGAGGAUUUCGGAAAAAACUACCCGUUGAUCUUCAAGGAGGUCCACCAGCACUCAAUAGAGCUUAUGAUGGACCCGUUUGGCAACUACCUCAUACAGAAGAUCAUUCUCAAUGCGAGCGCUGAAGAGCUCAAGCUGAUUCUCACCAAUAUCGCCCCGCUUAUUCAUACCAUCUGCAGAAAUCAGCAUGGCACUCGUGCUUGCCAGAAGCUCAUUGACUGUCUUUCGACCACUGGCCAUUACCGUCUGUUGCAGAACUGCUUGACUCCACACGUUGUGAAUCUAAUUCAGGACCUGAACGGCAAUCACGUGGUCCAGAAAUGCAUCGCCAAGUUUCAGAAUGACGACUUGCAGUUCAUCAUCGACUCUAUCUGUAACAAUAUAGUCAAGAUCUCCACCCACAAGCAUGGCUGCUGCGUUUUGCAGAAGCUGUUGAACAGGUGCAACCACCAGCAGGUUUUGCAACUGGGCUCUGAGAUCGUCGCAAACUCGUACCAGCUGAUGCAGGACCAAUUUGGCAACUACGUGGUCCAAUUCCUGAUUUCGCUGGAUAUCCCGUCUCUGAACUCUGAGCUCGUGAAGAUCAUGGUGCCCUUCAUUAACGACCUUUCCACACAGAAAUUCUCCUCAAACGUGGUGGAGAAGUGUCUCAAGAUUAAGUUCGAUCAAGGCUUCAACCCUUUAGUGGACGCUCUUUUGCAACCUCAGGUUCUGGGAGUCCUGGUGAAAGACCAGUUUGGAAACUACGUGGUGCAGACUGCCAUGGACAAUUCCUCGCCCGACAACAAACUGAGAUUCGCACUCGCCAUCAAGCCAAUGCUGCCAAUGGUCCGACACGCAUCAUUUGGUAAGCGCAUCCACAAUAAGGUUAUGGGCAUCCUCAACGAUGCCGACAAGAAUUUGGAGGGCACAUCUCAACUGUUGCCUCCUAUCGAUUUGCAACGCGUGCGUCCUAGCGACGCAGAAAGAUUUUUAUGA